CACACGCUUUGUAAUUUUCCCAAACUGACACUGAACAGAACCACUCAUUCACUCUCACCGUUCCCUUCUUCCCGGCGAAAUCAACCGCUUCCGCCGGCGACCUUCUUCCCCUUCAACCUCCCACCUCCAUGGCCAAAAAGCUUCCACAUCCCCUCACCCAUUUCUCCAUCAUGCGCUUUCUGUUCUAGGGUUUCUUUCCUUUCCCCUCUUCUGUGUUUCCUGGUGAGUGACUUCACUGGUAUUCUCUCCUUGUUUUGUUUGUCUACACAAUGCCUUGCUUUCUGCCAACGUAUAAUGGUCCCCAUAUUCGUAACGCUCUUGUAGAAGAAAGUAAUGGACUGCCAAUCCAGUCACACAUUUGAUUCAGAUGAAAGUGACAUCGAUAUUCAGACUGAAAUCUGUGAGAAGGGUGGGAGUAUAGAUGAUAUUCGUAAUGACUUGGACUUUUGCUUGCGUGAUGAUGAUAAGGUAGCAGAACAAUCUGUUGUAGAUUUACCUAUGGAUGGAGUAGGACCAUACAUAGGUAUGGAGUUCAGUUCUAGAGACGAAGCUAGAGAAUUCUAUGUUAAUUAUGGUAGGCGUGUUGGAUUCACCGUACGAAUACAUCAUAAUCGUCGUUCCCGUGUAAACAAUCAGGUGAUUGGUCAGGAUUUUGUCUGCUCAAAAGAAGGAUUUCGUGCUAAAAAGUAUGUAUGCCGAAAAGACAGGAUACUUCCAGCACCACCAAUUACACGAGAGGGAUGUCAAGCAAUGAUGAGAUUAGCUUUAAGGGAUGGAGGGAAGUGGGCUGUCACUAAAUUUGUUAAAGAUCACAAUCAUCUGUUACUGAGUCCUAGUAAAGUCCCAUGGCGAGGAUCUGGAAAAAACUUGCUCAAUGAGGAUGAAAAGGAUAAGCGGAUUCAAGAAUUAUCUAUUGAGUUGUACAAUGAGAGGCAGAAAUAUAAGAGAAAAUGUGCUGCAUAUGAAGAACAAUUGAAAACAAUUUUGAAGGAGCUGGAAAUGCACACAGAAUGUAUAUCAAACAAAGUUGCAGAAGUAGUAAAGAGCAUUAGAGAAGUUGAAGAGGAAGAAGAAUCAGAAGGUUUGAAUGAAGGCUGGAUUUAAAUUAUCACAACUUCACUAACUUAUCAUAUAUCAUAUCUAAUCUUAGGUACGGUUUUUUUUUUUUUUUUUUUGUUAG